GCGUACACGAGUGUUUUUCUUCUCCAUUACACUGUUGUUUUUCCUUUUAGCUUAAAUACUUUCCACUAUUAAACCAUUUCCUUUAUUCUGCUACCAUUUUUAUUUGUAAUGCAACUCAAGUCAGUUUUACUCCAGGCUUUGCUCGUCGGCUCGACAGUUUUCUCCUCUGCCAACGCUGCUGAUAUUGACUGGGAUAGUCAGUGUGCACUAGCUGGAGUCGCCUACAAUUGGUCAACUUUCAGUUAUAAUAUGAUUAUUAAACAAGCCUACAACAAAGUAACUGUUUUGGUUAACGCAGCAGGUUUUACUUCUGAGCCCAAUAUUCAGCUUUUUAAUCAAGUCAUUGCAAUUACUGGAACCGCUUAUAUGGAUUCAAUCUUUUCUACUGUUUUUAUUGCUUAUGCGAAAAUUGCCACCUGCAAUCCUUAUAUUUCAGAAGUUGCUUCGACUAAGACAGACACCGAGGCCGAAGGCUCUACCGAGACCGAGAGCUCCACUGAGAGUGAGAGCUCCACCGAGACUGAAGGUUCCACUGAGACCGAGACCGACCCUGUGUACAAGUGCUCGGAGGUUACUAUCACGUACACCAGACCGCGCGUUCACACUAGUUUUGUGUAGACCCAGCACAGCAUAUUCAACCUUUAUCAUUUUUUCACGUAUACUUAAUACAAGUUGCAUGCGCUUAUAAAUUCUAAGUAUUA